GUUUACAACUCAAAAGAGACUUCACCAAUUUAAGUUUUGUCUAAUCCAAAAAUUCCAUAUGCAUUUCUAGCAUCAGUUCUCUCUCUUCUCUUCAGAAGAACUGUGUAUCUCUCUCUCCCACUUCGUUUCCUCUCUGUAUUGGAGGGUUUCUUCUUCGUCUGAGAUCUCUCUGGCGUUUGGACUCCCCACCAAAUCGCCCAUUUGAUUUCGCAAUUUAAUCACAGAUCCGGAGCUCCGAUCCAUUAUCUUUGAUCUCGCCCAUCAUGGCGGCUGCUAACGCUCCGAUCACCAUGAAAGAGGCCCUCACGUUGCAAAGUAUAGGGGUGAACCCGCAGUUCAUCACGUUCACGAAUGUUACCAUGGAAUCGGAUAAGUAUAUAUGCGUAAGAGAGACGGCGCCUCAGAAUAGUGUGGUGAUUAUUGAUAUGAACAUGCCAAUGCAACCUUUGAGGCGUCCAAUUACCGCCGAUUCUGCUCUUAUGAAUCCUAAUUCUAGAAUUUUGGCUCUAAAAGCUCAAGUCCCGGGAACUAGUCAAGAUCACUUGCAGAUUUUCAAUAUUGAGGCAAAGCAGAAAAUGAAAUCAUAUCAGAUGCCUGAGCAGGUUGUUUUCUGGAAGUGGAUUACUACGAAGAUGUUAGGUCUUGUUACACAAACAUCAGUCUAUCAUUGGCCAAUUGAAGGGGAUUCUGAGCCUGUAAAGAUGUUUGAUAGAACAGCCAAUUUAGCCAACAACCAAAUAAUUAACUACCGAUGUGAUCCUUCAGAGAAAUGGUUGGUUUUGAUUGGUAUCGCCCCAGGUUCACCAGAGAGGCCCCAACUGGUCAAAGGGAACAUGCAAUUAUUUUCAGUGGAUCAGCAACGAAGUCAAGCUCUCGAGGCACAUGCUGCAGCAUUUGCCACAUUCAGGGUUCCUGGAAAUGAUAGGGAUUCUAUACUCAUUUCUUUUGCCACAAAAUCCUCGAACGCUGGACAAGUCACAUCAAAGUUGCAUGUCAUUGAGCUUGGAGCCCAGCCAGGGAAACCAUCUUUUACGAAGAAACAGGCAGAUCUAUUCUUUCCUCCAGAUUUUGCUGAUGAUUUCCCAGUUGCCAUGCAGAUAUCUCAUAAAUACAGUUUAAUUUAUGUCAUCACAAAGCUUGGGCUUCUCUUUGUCUAUGACCUCGAAACAGCUACUGCAGUGUACAGGAAUAGGAUCAGCCCGGAUCCUAUUUUUCUGACAGCAGAAGCUUCAUCUAUUGGUGGUUUCUAUGCCAUCAACAGACGAGGUCAAGUGUUGCUCGCCACAGUAAAUGAAGCAACUCUAGUACCUUUUGUCAGUGGUCAAUUGAAUAAUCUGGAGCUUGCUGUUAAUCUUGCCAAGAGAGGAAACCUUCCUGGAGCUGAGAAUUUGGUUGUCCAGCGGUUUCAAGAGUUGUUUGCCCAGACAAAGUACAAAGAAGCUGCCGAGCUUGCAGCGGAAUCACCACAAGGCAUACUCCGUACACCUGACACUGUUGCCAAAUUUCAGAGUGUUCCUGUUCAAGCAGGGCAAACGCCUCCGCUAUUGCAGUACUUUGGGACACUUUUAACAAAAGGGAAGCUAAACGCUUUUGAAUCAUUAGAACUGUCGCGUCUUGUUGUCAACCAGAACAAGAAAAACCUGUUGGAGAACUGGUUGGCCGAGGAUAAGCUGGAGUGUAGUGAGGAACUCGGGGAUCUUGUGAAGACUGUUGAUAAUGACCUUGCCCUGAAAAUAUAUAUCAAAGCAAGAGCGACUCCGAAAGUUGUUGCUGCUUUUGCUGAGCGCAAGGAAUUCGACAAAAUUCUGAUAUAUUCCAAGCAGGUUGGAUAUACACCUGACUACUUGUUCCUUCUUCAAACCAUUAUGCGAUCUGAUCCCCAGGGAGCUGUUAACUUUGCGCUCAUGAUGUCCCAAAUGGAGGGCGGUUGUCCUGUUGAUUACAACACUAUCACCGAUCUAUUUCUUCAGAGGAACAUGAUCCGUGAGGCAACAGCAUUUUUACUGGAUGUUCUGAAACCUAACCUUCCAGAGCAUGGCUUUCUGCAGACUAAGGUCUUGGAAAUCAACCUUGUGACUUUCCCGAAUGUUGCUGAUGCUAUAUUAGCAAAUGGGAUGUUCAGUCAUUAUGAUCGACCUCGUAUUGCUCAACUUUGCGAGAAAGGUGGUCUUUACAUGCGGGCUCUGCAGCACUAUUCUGAACUGCCUGAUAUCAAGCGUGUUAUUGUGAAUACACAUGCAAUUGAGCCUCAGGCCUUGGUUGAGUUCUUUGGGACUGUUUCACGUGAAUGGGCACUGGAAUGCAUGAAAGACCUCCUUGUUAUCAAUAUCAAAGGGAACCUUCAAAUAAUUGUUCAGGUUGCAAAAGAGUACUGUGAGCAGUUGGGUGUUGAUGCUUGCAUAAAGCUUUUUGAGCAAUUUAAAUCUUAUGAGGGGUUAUAUUUCUUCCUUGGAUCAUAUUUGAGUUCCAGUGAGGAUCCUGAUAUCCACUUUAAAUAUAUUGAGGCAGCUGCCAGAACUGGACAAAUCAAGGAGGUUGAGCGUGUCACAAGAGAAUCAAACUUCUAUAACGCAGAAAAGACAAAGAACUUCUUGAUGGAAGCCAAACUUCCUGAUGCUCGGCCUCUGAUUAAUGUUUGUGACCGCUUUGGUUUUGUUCCCAAUCUCACACACUAUCUCUAUACCAACAAUAUGCUACGGUAUAUUGAAGGUUAUGUCCAGAAGGUCAAUCCAGGAAAUGCUCCUUUAGUUGUAGGGCAGCUUUUAGAUGAUGAGUGUCCUGAGGACUUCAUUAAGGGAUUGAUCCUGUCUGUGCGUUCUUUGCUUCCAGUUGAGCCCUUGGUGGAAGAAUGUGAAAAGAGGAAUCGACUCCGCUUGCUGACACAGUUCUUGGAGCAUCUUGUAAGUGAAGGAAGUCAAGAUGUGCAUGUACACAAUGCUCUGGGAAAGAUUAUCAUCGAUAGCAAUAACAACCCAGAGCAUUUCCUCACAACCAAUCCAUACUAUGACUCGCGCGUUGUGGGUAAAUAUUGUGAGAAGCGCGAUCCUACCCUAGCUGUUGUUGCAUAUAGGAGAGGGCAAUGUGAUGAUGAACUCAUUAAUGUGACAAACAAGAACUCUUUGUUCAAACUUCAGGCGAGGUAUGUGGUUGAGAGGAUGGAUGGUGAUCUUUGGGAGAAAGUUCUUAAUCCCGAAAAUGAGUUUAGAAGGCAGCUUAUUGAUCAAGUUGUUUCCACUGCUCUGCCUGAAAGCAAGAGCCCUGAGCAAGUUUCUGCUGCUGUUAAAGCUUUCAUGACUGCUGAUCUUCCUCAUGAACUGAUUGAGCUUCUUGAAAAGAUUGUGCUCCAGAACUCUGCAUUCAGUGGGAACUUUAAUUUGCAGAAUUUGCUUAUCCUGACAGCCAUCAAAGCUGAUCCAUCCAGAGUAAUGGACUAUAUCAAUAGGCUUGAUAAUUUUGAUGGACCUGCAGUAGGGGAGGUUGCUGUAGAAGCCCAACUUUAUGAAGAAGCUUUUGCUAUCUUCAAGAAGUUCAAUCUGAAUGUCCAGGCUGUUAAUGUUCUGCUUGACAACAUUCGUGAUAUUAAUCGGGCUGUGGAGUUUGCAUUCCGAGUUGAAGAAGAUGCUGUUUGGAGCCAGGUGGCUAAAGCUCAACUGAGAGAAGGAUUAGUGAGCGAUGCUAUUGAGUCAUUUAUUCGUGCAGAUGACGCCACCCACUUUUUGGAUGUAAUUCAUGCUGUAGAGGAUGCAGAUGUUUACCAUGACUUGGUUAAGUAUUUGCUGAUGGUAAGGCAGAAGACAAAAGAGCCCAAAGUUGAUAGUGAACUCAUUUAUGCAUAUGCUAAAAUUGAUCGAUUGGGUGAUAUUGAAGAAUUUAUUCUCAUGCCAAAUGUUGCUAAUCUACCGAAUGUUGGUGAUAAGCUGUUUGAUGAAGGCUUAUAUGAGGCUGCAAAGAUCAUAUUCGCUUUCAUUUCUAACUGGGCCAAGUUGGCGAGCACGCUUGUGAAGUUAAAUCAAUUUCAAGGUGCUGUCGAUGCAGCACGCAAGGCAAAUAGUGCUAAGACAUGGAAAGAUGUCUGCUUUGCUUGUGUUGAUGCUGAGGAGUUCCGUUUGGCUCAAAUUUGUGGGCUUAGCAUUAUCGUGCAGGUAGAUGACUUGGAGGAAGUUAGUGAAUAUUACCAAAAUAGAGGAUGUUUCAAUGAAUUAAUCUCUCUUAUGGAGAGUGGGCUGGGUUUGGAGCGUGCACAUAUGGGUAUCUUCACAGAACUUGGUGUUUUGUAUGCCAGAUACCGUCACGAGAAGCUCAUGGAACACAUUAAAUUAUUCUCCACCAGACUCAACAUUCCCAAGCUUAUUCGUGCCUGUGAUGAGCAGCAACACUGGAAGGAACUCACAUAUUUGUACAUCCAAUAUGAUGAAUUUGAUAAUGCUGCCACUACUGUCAUGAAUCAUUCUCCAGAUGCCUGGGAUCAUAUGCAGUUCAAAGACAUUGUUGUCAAAGUUGCUAAUGUGGAGCUUUAUUACAAGGCCGUUCACUUCUAUUUGAAAGAGCAUCCGGAUCUCAUUAAUGAUAUGCUAAAUGUUCUUGCACUUAGAGUGGAUCAUACACGCGUAGUGGACAUAAUGAGAAAGGCUGGUCACCUUCGCCUAGUCAAGCCUUACAUGAUUGCUGUUCAGAGCAACAACGUUUCUGCAGUGAAUGAGGCCCUUAACGAAAUUUAUGUUGAGGAAGAAGACUAUGAUAGACUACGUGAAUCAACUGAUUUGCAUGAUAACUUCGAUCAAAUUGGUCUUGCACAGAAGAUAGAGAAACAUGAGCUUCUCGAGAUGCGGCGUGUUGCUGCCUAUAUCUAUAAGAAAGCUGGUAGGUGGAAGCAAUCCAUUGCUCUGUCAAAGAAAGAUAAUCUCUACAAAGAUGCCAUGGAGACAGCCUCACAAUCUGGAGAUCGCGAACUUGCAGAGGAGUUGCUUGUUUACUUUAUUGAACAGGGAAAGAAAGAAUGCUUCGCAUCAUGCCUGUUUGUUUGUUAUGAUUUGAUUCGCCCAGAUGUUGCCCUUGAGCUUGCCUGGAUGAAUAAUAUGAUCGACUUUGCAUUCCCUUACCUGUUACAGUUUAUCCGUGAAUACACUGGCAAGGUCGAUGAGCUAAUAAAAGAUAAGAUUGAGGCUCAAAGUGAAGCAAAAGCCAAAGAGAAUGAAGAGAAGGAUGUUAUUAAGCAGCAGAAUAUGUAUGCACAGCUACUGCCAUUGGCUUUACCUGCUCCACCAAUGCCAGGCAUGGGAGGUGCAGGCAUGGGAGGUGGUUUUGCUCCUCCCCCGCCUAUGGGUGGAAUGGGAAUGCCUCCCAUGCCUCCAUUUGGCAUGCCACCCAUGGGUUCCUACUAA